GCCGUGGGCCGGGCCGGGCACUCGGGGGGCUGGAGGGACGGAUCGCUGCGUACUGGAAGUUUCUUCUCUGGCACCGAGUGCACUGAAAAGGAGUUUCUGUUGUUAAUACGUCUGAGGUCUUGGUUUUAAAGAUCUCGGUUUCUUGCAGCUGGCCGUUUGACUCUCUGAAGCAGUUAGUUCACAUCCCGAGAGGAUCCGCAGUGUAGUCCAGUCUGCCCGAGGUCUCUCUGUUUUCAAGUGGGUUGCUGCUUUCUAGAGCUUGAAACACUGUUGAGAUAAUGGCUGUGUAAGAACCCACUUUCCUCAGGGGCUUCAGAUACCGACCAUUGUGGCUGACCACAUCAAUGAGAUGCUGAUGCUCGUGGCUGUUCCUUCAUUCUUCACAAAACUGUGGUAGAAUAGAUCAGCUUCUCAGCCUGCUGGAAUAAAGUGUGAAGUAGAUACUUUGAACUGAAAAGCUGUGUAAAUCUUCUAGUUGCUCUUUUCACUAGAGGGUUGGAAUCCUAAUAAAGCAGCUAUGCCUGUUCAGUUGCUGAAGAUCGUGAAAGAACAAUCUGAGACUCCACUACCAAGCCAUUUGCAAAAGGAGGAUUUGAAACACUUGCAAGAAGGCUGUGAUCAUACCAACAAAUAUAUUCAGGGAAUAGUUGUCCUUUCCUACCCAUUAACAAAACUCGGAGAUGGGACAGACUUUUUCAAGAUUGUUCUUCAAGGUUUGGAUGACUUGUGUUCCCGGAUCAACAGCAUCAAUAUUUUAAUAUAUGGAAAAAUGGCAGAGGAUUGUGCAAAAGUUAUACGCCAUGGGGACACCUUCAUAGUUGCAGGAUUUAAGGUGAUAAAAUCACCUACAGCGGGAGAGGAUGGUAGACAUGGUUGUCACCUGGAGGUGUCUGAAGAAGAUGGAUCAGCCAUUUACUGCCUUCAAUUUUGUAAUCAGAUUUACACUAAACCAAGAACAGCUACUGCUUCAGAAACUGCAUUUGUGUCUAUUGCUCCAAAAUAUGUGUAUACUCCCCUGAAUCAACUUAAAGAUGGAACUAUAGUGAAUUUGUAUGGCAUUGUGAAAUUCUUCAAACCUCCGUAUGUUAGCAAAGGCACUGCAAGACUUUGGAGAACUGAGGACUUUGAACAUCCUGAAGACGAGCACUGGUUGCUGGAAGUCAGUAGGACAGCCAUUUUUUCCAGAUAUGUAAAAACAAUGAAGUUAAAUGCACUGACUUUCCAGACAGCAUGUCUCUGA